AUGCUGCUGCUCUGCAUCAUAAACGUAUGGUCGAGUCGGGCCAGUAGCUAUAACGAACUACUUGCAUCUCGCAUUGUCUCUGGAUUUGCAGCGGCCGCGGCAGAUGCCACCGUUCCGGCGGUGGUGGCCGAUAUGGUCGCAGCCAAAGACCGGGGCCACUACAUGAUGUUUUUCCACCUUGCCAUGACAGCUGGUCUGUUUGUGGGUCCCAUGAUCAACGCUUUCCUCGUUCAGCAGCAGGAUUGGCGCUGGAUGUGCUACUUUAUGGCAGUCGCUGUCGGGGUCAUCUUUGUGGUCUCAAUCUUUACUAUUCGGGAGACUUCUUAUCUCAAGCGACACCGAGAUGAGAGUAAACGGACUCAUCUUCAGUGGAUGUCGUUGACUAUCGGAUACAACCGGGAUGCCUCAUUUUUCCAGACUCUGCUGGAUAUCCUGGGCAAUGCUACUUACCCACCAAUUCUCUGGUGUUCAUUCACUAUCGGUAUCUCCGUUGGAUGGAAUAUUGUCGUUCAACUAACCUCCUCUCGGACUUUUACCAAACCGCCUUAUAACUGGAAGCUAGGGAGUGAGGGUCUUUUCCUGCUGUCGGGGUUCAUUGGCGCAGUGUUGGCCUUUUAUAUCGGUGGUCGACUAAUCGAUGUCGUCUCGUCCCGAAGUACCGCACGACAUGGCGGCGUCCGUAUGCCCGAGUAUCGCCUACCUGCUAUUAUCAUCCCCGGUGUCAUUGGACCAGCUGGGAUUCUUAUCUUUGGACUCUGCAUUGCCCACAAAACACAUUGGAUCGGCCCCGCAUUUGGAUUUGCCAUGCAGGCCUUCGGUCUCGCCGCCAUCUCAAACGUGGCUGUGACAUACUGCCUGGAUUCGUACAAACCGGUAUGGCAUGAUUAA